AUGCAAAACCCUUCGAAGCGACUUCCGCGCGAAUCGUUCGUCGAGGUGGACAACGUCGGCGACCGCAGAGGGGCACCGACAGGCUGGAGGCACUCUCCGGAGACUCCUGCGCCCUCCGCCGCCGGUGCGGGACGGCGCGUUUGUUUCCUUCCCAGUUUCGCACAGAUCCAAGCGUCGUCUGCCUUGGGCCGCAUCGCAGGACGCGUGGUGCCUCGCCCCGCCGCUGCCGCUCCCCCCUCGCGGCUGCCGUCUGAUCUCUUUCGCGCCUCCCUGGUGCCUGGCGCUCGCCCCUCUUCUUCGCCUGCGUCGCGAGCGCGGCCUUCUGCCUCUAGCCUGGACUGCGCCUCUCCGGUGCCUUCCGCGCGCCCCGCGUCGUCACGCUCCUCUCCGGCACGACGUUUCGCAUGCGGCGACGGCAAAUCGCGCGGAAAUGCGCGUCCGACUCUUUUCGGUGGAGCAGAGCACUCGCAUCUGGCUGCGCCUUCGUCAAGUGUAGCCUUUUGCGGGGCCGACCCACCGAAGGAGCCCAGUUCCAUCCAGUGGCGCGCCCUCGCAUCGCCGCGGACGCGCGUCUUUCAGGCACGUGCUCAUCAUCUGCGGCGAAGAUGCCUACAGAAUGAGGAGGCGCAAAGUCCGCAGGGCAGCAGUUUUCUGGAAAAGCCGAUCUCUAGAAUGCCUCCCUCGACUUGGCGGCUCCGCAGCAGGGGGAGAACCCUGAAGCCCACUCCUUGGCUUCCGGCUUUCUCUGCACUCUUUACUUUCGUGGUCGCCUUCGUCUGCCUCUUGUCGUCAGCUCCGUCUGCAUCUGGAGGCCUUCCUUCGCCUGCCAGCGCCGCCAAGGCGUCGUGGCUCCUCGGGGCUUCGUCUCCACUCUUCGUCUCUCCUCUGCUCUUUGCGCGCGCCGACCCGCCGCCGCGCGCGUCCCCUGGAGCCUCGCUUCCCUCUGCUCCCGUGAGCGAGAAACGCACAUGCGUGCCCCCGUACAACUACGACGAGAUUCUGGAGCAACUCGCAGAAAUCCAGGCGCGCUGCCCCUCUCGCGUGCGCGUCUCGGACUGGGGUGUCACGACGGGACUCUCCAUUUUUAUGCGCCGAUUCACGUGCGGCAAGACGGGUGUCUGCCAGCUGCCGCUCGUGGAGGUGGGCGACGCCGCCUCGCUCUCUGCGGCCACGCCGACACUCUUCUUCAGCGGCGCCGUCCACGGCGACGAGCGCGCAGGACCCACCGCGGCUGUGGAACUCGUGCGGUAUUUGUGUGAGCGAUACGGCGUCGAUGACGAAAUCACGUACCUUGUCCGGCACCGCCGAGUCCUCGUGAUGCCCUUCCCCAACGCAGUCGGCUUCGCGUGGAGCUUUCGCGAGGAAGCAGGCAUCGACGUGAACCGCGACUUUCCAUAUCAGCGCCAAGCCAACCAGUGCUUUCAGUCAGUCGCAGGAAGGGCCAUCAACGAAAUUUUCAGGUCCUAUUUAAUCAUCGGCGGCAUCACUUGGCACGGGGGCAUGCGCGCGGUGUCUUAUCCGUGGGGGUCCUACAACCACGCCCAGCAGCUGAGCCGCGACUCGUGGGAGAGUCGCCCAUCUCCAGACGACGCAGCCUUCAAGUCGCUCGCCCGUGUUCUGCAGCGCGCAGGGGGUCGGGACGCAGAGAAAUCGGACUUCUACUACCCGAUCGGCGCGAUUUCAGAUCUCGUCUACCCCGUGAAUGGGGGCAUGGAGGACUGGGCAUACGGCGCCUCGUUCGAGGCCUCGCCAGACCCGAUCUCGGUCUGUGCGCCGGAAGCCUACGAGCUCCCGGCGGCGCAGGCCCCUGCGGCGGGCUCCAACCCGGCCUCGCUCUUUUCGCCCUUCCAGGUUUCAGACGUCUCCCUCGCUGCCGCAGCUGAGAAGUACCUCGUCGCACCGCGGGGCGGCGACGGGCGCGACAGAGCGGCCUCCGACGGCGAGGGCGGGGAACGGGGGCAAGGAGCCGACGCGGAGCGGCGGCCGACGGCGAGCGCACCCAACAAAGAGUCGGGGGCGGCCCGAGAUCCCCCUCCUGGCUCCGGGGCGCGGCUGGGGAGCUCUCUGCGCGGCGCCGUGGAGACAGGCGACGAGGAAACGAGCCGUCGCGACGCCGAAUGGGGAGAAGGCGAAGGCGCACAGCUCUCCGAGCAAAAGCGGACGGAAGGUGAUCCAAACGCACCUCCAGUCUACUCCUAUCCGUCCGCGAGGAGCGUCUACGGUCACAGCGAUGUGCGCUCGGCUCUCUUUUUGGUGGAAAUGCACGACGACAAGAAUCCGUCUCACGUCUCGAUGGGCCCCCGACCCGUGGACCGACCAGAUCUUCUCUUGCCUGGGGAGAGCGAAGACGAAAAGGAAGACCCCGUUGAGUUCCGAAGGGCAGUAGAGAAAGGCGAACGCGUGCGACGUAGCGACAAAGGCGAUUACCUGAUGAUUCGCAAUGUCCGCCUGGCUUUGAAGUUCAUUGAAAAGGCACAGCCUGAUCUCGUGUUCACCUCCACACCGCCGCUGUAUCAGCCGCCAGGCGCCGUCUCGAUCUUUGGCUUCUACCCGGUGGGCUGCAACACGCUCACCUCCGUGCAGCUCGAGAUCCGCCGCGGCCACUGCCGAGACCUCCUUUCGCUCGCGCCCGCGCCGGGGGUCGCGACCCGCGCGGCUGCGCUGCGGCGCGCGUGGCACGAGGCGGACCUGCUGGUGCGUGAGACUGGGAAGAAUCGGCCGGUGGCCUGUCGCCAGCUGGGCCCUUGGGAGCGCGUCGGCAGCCUCGACGAGGACGACGAUCGCCCGCCGGCCGGCGUGGAGUGGUGGGGCGGCGGCGGGAACAAAGACAUCGAGCUGAACCAAGGCACGCCCGAGCAGAAGCGGAAUCGCGUCGAGCUCCAGUACAAGAUCCCUCCAGAGGCAGUGGACGGAGACUACUGCGGCGUGCUUUUCGCGACGUUUGAUCAGGACUGGAAGCACCAGAAGCACGCCGAGCCGAGACUGCCGCCGCAAAGUCACCUGGCUAGGCUUCGCUUGGAAGACAAAUACGUCGCGCGGUCUUCAGAGGGACCGGGCGUCAUCGUCGGUCACCAGACUUGGCUCUUCCCGGCCUCGAUGCCUGCUCUCUAUCCGGCUGUGGCUACCCCGGGGUAUCCUUUCAUCGUUCGUGGUGACAACAUCGAGGGGUUUGCGCGUCUGCGUUUGCCUCUGAGUGCAUUUUACGCUUCGGCUCAAGCCGCGCCUUCGCAGCAGCGUCCCGACGUCGCAGGCAGUCCCAGCGCGCCGGACUCUGAGCCGUCGUCCGCCUUUGCUUCGACUCUUGAGAUGUUCGUCAACUUCGGGGGGAUUUCAAUGAGGAGCGGUUCCGCUUGCAUCCGUUCACAGGCGUUCUCAAAUACCCGAGAGCCGCAAACCCUCCCCUCGCCAUCGUGCGUACCGACAUCAGCCUCUCACUCAACGGACGGCGACCUUCUGCAGCGCAACUUGAUGCAGCUUCUCUUCCCCUCCGCGUUCGCGUUUUCUGACUCUGCGUCCGGGGCUUCGCGGACGCUGUUCGGCUCCAAGGCGGCGGAAGACGCGUUGCUCUCGGCGGUGCUUGUAGGCGAGGUCCCAACGGGUUCGGGGGCGCUGGCCGCGGCUGAGCGAGUGCAGCAGGAGACGCGCGUGGCGAACUUUGUGCGGCAGAAGCAGGAGCGCGACGGGCGGAGCCCCUUCGGCGGAGGUCUCCCGCGCUUCAAGUCGGCGUGGCUCAAAAACCUCGCGGCAACGCGCAAGCAGAACGCGCCGACUGUCGCCGAGUUCGCGGUCAUGGACGCCUCUCACUUGCGCGGGCGCGCCCACCUGCCCAUCACCGCGCUCUUGGGCCGCGCGCUCUUCGUGCAAUGGGUGCCCGCUGCGGCGGCUGCCGAGCGCGGGGCGGGCGAUGGAGCCGCGAAAGUCGGAGGAGAGCGCAAGGCAGCGGAGACCAAAGAAGCUGUGGCGCCCGCAUCUGGCGAGGAUGCCGUCACCUCUCUCGCGUCGCUUGCGCGCGCGAGGUCGGCGUGGGCCGUCAUCGGCGCGUCGCUCCACACGCCGUCGGCCUUGUAUGCCAUUCACGAACACUUGGCGCCGCUGCCCGUCGAGCGCAGCGGCCGGCCUGCGGCGUCUUCCCCGCCGUUCGUGGCACGGCUCGCCUGCCUCUUCCGCCAAGCCCGGGCGGCGCUGGCGGAGGCUGCGAAGGCCCAGAGAGAGACGAAGCGCGAAGAACUGCCGGCCGCCGUGGACGGAGGGGAGACCGGGAAGCUCUCGGAUGAGCAGAGACCCGCAGAAGCGAAGCGCGACGCCCGACGAGACGUGGAAGAUGAUUCGGUCCUAGAAGACUUGAUAGGCCACCUGCAGCUGACCUUUGCGAUUGAGGAUGACAUUGGAGAACGGCGCGGAAAGGAAGACACAGAAGCCGACGAAGAAUCAGACCCGAGACGGCCGGGAGCAAGCGGCCGCGUCAUGAUUCAAGCCGAACUCUGCGAAACGUCCAUGGGCGUCGCCCCCGCCACGCCGCUCCACCUGCGGUUCCACGAGGACUGUUGCCCUCCCUUGACGCUCUAUCCCUCUUCGACGGGGCUCGCCACAGACCCCGCGCACCCGCGUCUGUCGGCAAAGAAGAGCCACACGUGGAUCGGGCGUCUCCUCGGCGUGGCGGGUUCAACCGGCGACAAAGAGAGACAGACAGUCGCUCCAUGGCCUCCGCGCGACAACACGAUCGGCAGCUGGGAGCUGCCUGAGAGCACCGCGGAGUUCCUUUCCCUGAACAACUGCAGAUGCGGACCGGGGACGAUGGUCACCCUGGCUACAGUGCAGAAUCUACCCUCCUCCCUGCACGCGCCCCGGUCCGCGAUGCCGGCUUUCCCGUCUAACACCUUUUUCCUUCCUCCGGUGGACAGCGUAGAUCCGGCGCUCGGACGGGUGCUCACCUGCGCCCUGGGGCUCGUGCCCCCCGUCCCUGGCGACGCAGUUUCCUCUUCCAGCGGGACUGUAAACGACGCGGAGCGUGAGGGCCCACCGAGAGGCGCGGCGGCCUUCGGGGGGGAUGAAGCCGGGGAGCCGUUCUCUUCAGCUGCCUUCGCGUCUCGCUUCGUUUGCGGAACCUCGUCGCAGCCCAGUUGGCGCCAGUGGAAGGCCGCCGGCGGCGGCGCUCGGGUCGGGGCGGUCGCGCCGCACGGCAGUGCGCCCACGAUGGAAGAGAGUCCCCCGAUGGACGGCAACAGCAGGCAGCAUGCUGCAGGCAAGACAGAGGCCCAGAGCGGAGUGAAGCGCCCGUGGGAUGCCUUCGCUGUUGGAGCCUCAGGGGCAGAACGCACGCCUGAAGAAGAGGGCAAUAUUGUUCACUUUGCAGCUUUCGUCGAUGCCGCGAGAGACACAACGGAGGAGGAAGACGACACUCUAAGCGCGCAGAUAUACAUUGCGGGCGUUAUUGCAGCACUCGGCGCUUUCUGCAUCAUCUCGCCCUGCGUCAUCUCCGCAUAUACGUGCCUGGCGUCGCGAUGCAUCGCGAGGGACAUAGAGCUGGCGCCGCGUCAUGAUGGUGAAACGGAUCACCUGGACCAGUUCCACGGUCCUGAGGCAGCUGGUAAAGAAGGCGGCGACGAUUCGGAAGAAACCAAGAGCAGCUUCUUCCCUCACAAAAGCCGGCUAGAUCGCUUUGGCCUGCUGGUGAACGACUUCGCGAACGCGAGUAGAAGGGAUGCCGGGGGAGAGACACAGGUCAAGAAGGCAGAGGGUCGAGCUAUCUUCGCGAAAAGCAACCUUUUUUCAAGCCAAAUUCAAGGCCCCGGCGGCGACGACGACAAUUUCACUUCGCCGUCGUCCUCAGGGCUGGCUGGAAUGUCGACCGUGUCACGGGGCAUCUCAGGCGCCAGUGGAACGAAUGGAGGCUACGAGCCUUUCUUUUCUAUCACAGGAGAGGAAUAUGAGAGUGACGAGGAAACCGAAGGCGUCUUCGGGCAAUGA